AUGGCGACGAGGGGUGUCAUGGUGGCGCUGCUGCUCGCGGCGGUGGCGGCGUCUUGCGCGCAUGCGCAGCUGCACGAGAAGUUCUACAGUGAGUCGUGCCCCAGCGUGGAGGAGGUCGUCCGGAAGGAGAUGGUCAGGGCGCUCUCCCUCGCGCCCAGCCUCGCCGCGCCGCUCCUCAGAAUGCACUUCCACGACUGCUUCGUCAGGGGGUGCGACGGCUCGGUUCUGCUGGACUCGGCGAACAAGACGGCGGAGAAAGACGCGCUGCCUAACCAGACGCUGCGCGGCUUCGACUUCGUGGAGAGGGUGAAGGCCGCCGUUGAGAAGGCCUGCCCCGACACAGUCUCCUGUGCAGACGUGCUCACGCUCAUUGCCAGGGACGCUGUAUGGCUGAGCAAGGGGCCAUUCUGGGAAGUUCCUUUGGGCCGGCGAGACGGCAGCGUGUCCAUCUCCAACGAGACAGACGCACUGCCCCCUCCCACCGCUAACAUCACCGUGCUCACCCAGCUCUUCGCCGCCAAAAACCUUGACAUCAAGGACCUCGUCGUCCUCUCAGCCGCACACACGAUCGGGACGUCUCACUGCUUCUCCUUCUCCGACCGUCUCUACAACUUCACCGGCAGGGUCAACCCCAGUGACAUCGACCCCACGCUGGAGCCUUUCUACAUGGCCAAGCUGAAGAGCAAGUGCGCCAGCCUCAACGACAACACAACGCUCGUGGAGAUGGACCCCGGGAGCUUCAAGACCUUCGACCUCGACUACUUCAAGCUCGUCAGCAAGCGGAGGGGCCUUUUCCACUCCGACGGCGCCCUCCUCACCGACGCCUUCACCCGCGCCUACAUCCUGCGCCAUGCCACCGGCGCAUUCAAGGACGAGUUCUUCGCCGACUUUGCCGUCUCCAUGGUAAAGAUGGGCAACACCGACGUGCUCACUGGAAGCCAGGGCGAGAUCAGGAAGAAGUGCUCCGUGGAGAACCAUUAGUUGGCCGUGGAAGUACCGGUUGGCAUACCAACUCUUUU